UAAAAUACAGUUAUAAAAGAACAGAACUGAAGAACACAGCAGCAGAACACAACUGAAGAAGACUAUCUGAAGUGUAAGAAGACACUUAGAAGACAUGUGGGGCCUUCUACUGCUGCUUUUGGUGGGGACCACCUUUGCUCAAGGAUCUGGAGACUAUGUUCAGGAUAACUCCGAUCAGUUAAUUAAAGCUGCCAAUGAGGAUGAUGAUAACUUUGAGUCAUUUGAUACAGACGAUUAUGAGGAUGAGUUUAAUGAUAAAGACUUGUCUCUGGGUCAAGAAAGUGUCUGUAUUAAGCCAAAUUUUACUGAAAAAGCAGAAGGUGUUAUGUGCCCUGAUAAAGGAACAUGCGGCUACCAUAUUUUCUUUUCCCCUAGGCGCUUUGGAAAAGCUCAGAAAAUCUGCCGUUGUAGGAGAGGAAAUCUGAGCUCCAUUCACAAUGCUGGAUCAAAUAACAAUCUGCUAUGUUUCUUGAGGAGAACUUGUAGAAAUAUCAGCUAUGUUUGGAUUGGUGUUAAGAAGAGAAAUUCAUGCUUUCCAUACGGCAAUGUUGAUGGAAGCAGACUGAACUAUACCAAUUGGGCUUGUGGACAAAAUAGAAGACAUGGUAAAUGGUGUGUCGCUAUGAAUGUACAAACCGGCCAGUGGUUCACUUUGAAGUGCAGGACUCGAUUGCCAUUUGUCUGCACUUUUUGAGAAUGAACCCCCCAGCUCAUGCCCCUUUAUACACCAGCUUUGAAUAAUAGUAACUCUGAAGACGUAUAAAGAAAUGGUUUGCCAUGCACUGGUGUUGGAUUAGCAGUGAAAUCGUGGAAUACAACAGUCCCUGGACUCUCAUAAUUGUUCCAUAACCAUGCUCCAACAACCUACUUUUCUGCUAUGUAGCUUAUAAUAAAAGUUUUAUACAUGUUCAUGCUAA